UUAUCUUUAAAUAGUGAUGUUAAUACUAGUGGUAGUGGUAUGAUAAACAAUGAAUUAGAAUUGUACAAUGAAAAUAAUGCUAGUGCUAGUGGUAUGAUAAAUAAUGAAUUAGAAUCGUACAAUGAAAAUAAUGCUAGUGCUAGUGGUGGUAAUGUUAGUGGUAAUGUUAGUAGUUAUAGAAAUAUGUUUAGAGAUAUUUUAGAAAAUGCUAGAAAACGAGAGGAAAUAAUACAUCAUAAAUCUGAAAUUAUAAAAAACGAGAUAAAAAUUGGUAAACAUAAUCACGAAUCAAUCAAAUCUAAUUUGCUGUCAUCAAUAUCAAAUUUAGAUGAAGAAAUCCAAUAUCCUUUUACAUCAAUAGUUAAUUAUUAUGAAAAUUUAGAAAAAGAAUCGAAAGUUUUAGAAGAGGAUUUUGAUGCUAAAGGAUUGAAAAAAGAAGAUUACUCUUUACUUAUAUUGGCAUUAUUUCGUAAAUUGGGAAUUCGUUUUUUUGAAAAUCCAAAUACUCAAAAAUUAAAAGUAAUAAUUGGAAAUGACGAUAUCAAUGUUGCAAUAAUAGAUAAUGCAUCAGAUGAAUAUGAAGUUUCCAAUUAUUUAUGGAAUUUAGUAUUUGAAUUAGAAGAGGAAGAAAGAAAUAAACAUUUUUUAAUUGGUAAUCCGCCCAUGUGA